AUGACUCAACUCUUGGAUAAUCUUAAUAAAGAAGUGGAUCUCAUAGAUGCUGCUGGCAGGUCUAGUCUAGACUCGCUUCUAGCGGAGUCGGAUAGUAUUCUCGACGAGCUCCGAGAUAUGGAGACCAGUCUCCAGAACGAGCCUGAUCAGACUGAAGGCGGCUCAGCUGUGGCAUCCAAACUUGAUUCAGUGACACUGAAGUGGUACAAGAACUCAAUUACCAACUUGAAGACUUACAACUCGCAAAUCAACAAGUUCAACAAGAAUAUUGUCAAUAGUCAUAAGUACAAGGUGGACUUGGAUAACGCAUACCCCUUUCCACUUGUCUUGAACUCGUUUCCGGUGAAGGAAUUGACAAAACAAGAGAGAGAGGAUCUCUCGGAGAAGGACUCUCUUGCUGUGUUGAAGCUGGAGAACAGACAGCACCUAAUGAAAUCUAUCAUAUUGCAUUUGCUUAAGAUCGGCCAGGGUGACGCAGUGGAACUGCUCCUCGAGGAGGUUGGCGAAGCUGAAAUUGAUCGUGUUCAGUUAGCCAACUUCCGGAAAUUGAGGACGAUGGUUGAAGAUGUGCGUGAACGCCAUGAUCUUAAUGGGGUACUUGAAUGGUUCGAGGAGAAGGAGCGUCUCAAGAUCCCUCUAGAUAGUGAUGACAUAUCUUUCAAGUUUCACAUUCUUCAAUUUGCCUUGCUAUUAGCUGGCCUCGCCGAGGAUAAGCUGGCGCCGCAGAUUGACUCUGCCUUGGCUGCCUAUAGCUAUGCAAAACAGCAUUUCCCACGGUAUUUCAAAGACUUCCUUAAUGAGAUCGCUCCCAUCAUGACACUAAUGCUAUUCAAAAGGAUUGAUGAUGCCAGCGAGGAAGAGUCACAGAAUAACUUUAAGGAAACGAUCAUUCAAGCUUUCCAACAGUAUGGGGCUAGAAACAAAAGCCACUCGCAUGAGGUGGAAUUCGUUAGCGAGAUUCUAAGCUGCUUCGAUCUGCUUCACACAAAUCACCUGCUUUUUGAAAACCUAUCAAUCAAGUUUAUCUCCGAAUUCUGUGCAUCCAUGCAACUUUCCAGUGAACUGUCGUUAUUCCAGAGUCUCUUGGCGGGUUUCAUCAACAUACCCAAUUUCUACAAGUAUAACAACCUUCAAAGGAGACUCGGUCGUGGUAGUCGCCUGGGCUUGGCUAAUGGCGAUGCUAAAGAGGAGUCAUCUAUCACCCAGUCAUUCAAACAAGAUCUUCCGUUCCAGUUACCAGACACAAACCGUUUCUUGUUCAACUAUCAUCCAAUCUUCAUCUGUCCUGUUUCUAAAGAACAGUUGGUUCCGCUAAGUACAGUGGCUAAGAUAUCUGAAGAAGACGUUUUGGAUCCAAAGAGAAAGUUUACGCUUAUAUCGCCUACGCAGAAAUUGGUGCCAAUGAGUAACCCAGUGGUGGUGUUCAACCACUGUAGGCACUUGGCUUUGAAGGACAGUGUCAAGCAUCUUUCCAGAGGCGGGUCGGAAGUUUUCAAGUGUCACUAUUGUUACAAAAAGCAUAAGCUUCUGGAUGUCAGUGACGCAUAUUUUAUAGAUUUGUAA